AUGAAGUCCGUCGAUGAAAUUCCAUUUGUAUCAUUUAGUGUCAAAGUAUGGAAAAUUAUGGGAUUUCUCUAUUCACCUGGCUUCAAUAUUCAACGUUACUUUUGCCUCUCAAUUAACAUCGUUCUCAAUAUCUUUCAAUUUGCAUACCUCUGUACGGAGAAAAAAUUGGAUAAACUUAUUUUAAAUGGAUACUUUACUGUUCUCUAUUUCAACUCUAUCAUUCGCGUCUUUGUUGUUUUGAAGAAUCAGAAAAAAUUUGAAAAUUGCAUCCAGAAACUCACCAAUUUGUACAAUAACAUUGAAAUGCACGGAGAUGACUACACGGUUAACAUCUUGCAAAGUAUUGGCAGUAGAGCUUAUAAAUUCUCAAUUAUUAAUCACUGUUUGGCCAUCACAACUGGAACAUCCUUUCUCAUCUAUCCUGUUUUUACAAAAAUGGCAGACUUACCUUAUGGAUUAUAUAUUCCUGGAUUAAACGUCACCGACAGAUCUACUUACUAUGCCCUUUUUGCCUAUGAAGUUCUCGUAACUCCACCAGGAGCUAGCCUCUAUAUACCUUUCUCAAAUCUCUUUAUUUCCUUCCUCCUCUUUUACAUUGUACUAAUUAGAAUUCUUCGUUAUCACAUUGACAACAUAAUGCAACAUGAUGAAGACACUGAGCAAGACGAACGUAUCGUGAUGAAGAAACUCAAAAUUGCCAUUAGAUAUCAUCAAAAUUUAAUAACUUUCGUCGAUGAAUUCAAUUCUUUGGUGACUAAUGUUUGUUUUAUUGAACUCAUUUUUUUCGUCAUGCUCCUCUGUGCGCUCCUCUUUGUCCUCAAUAUCGUUGAACUAUUCCCACAAAUAUGUCUCUCAUGCUUAUACAUUGUGCUGAUAAUGACCCAACUCUAUACUGUUUACUGGAGUGCAAAUGAACUUACCUAUGAGAGUCUCAAAAUUCAUCAAACUCUCUACAACUGUCAAUGGUACAAUAUGAGUGAGAAAUGUAAGAAUUUGCUUAUAAUUUUUAUGAUAAGAGCAUCUCGUCCUUUGGAAAUUUCAGCAGGAAACAUUUAUCCACUCACCCUUCAGAUGUUUCAAUCUCUUUUAAAUGUUUCUUAUUCAUAUUUUACAGUUCUUAGGCGUAUAUAUUGAGAUUUUAGACUAUAUACAGCGAUGAGAAAUAUAAUAGAACCACUUUUGUUAUUUUAGAGAUUCUCUUGACUUCAAAUAUUAAUAUCUCAAUCUGACUGUAGUCGAUAUUGAAAUGUAGCACAGAUUCUGAAAGCUACAUUCAUUCUCUUUCUAACGAUGCUAGGUUUUCAAAAAUCGGUUCAUCCGUUGAAUUUUUAUUAAGGGUUGAAGCAAAAGUAGAUUUUUUGAUGUGGACACGCAAAUGACUGUCAAAAAUCAACUCUUUGACCGAUUUUGAUCACCUUGGAAGCUUUGAAUUCAGGAAGAAUGUAGCUUUCUGAGCUUUUUGAAAUUUUUAAAAUCGGAUGGACAGAAAAAAAGUUACGUGGAUUUUUGUAAAUGAAUUCAAUGAUUAAUUUUAUUUGAAAUAUUAUAAUUAUGGGGAAUUUUAGCUUAAGUAGCCCUAGAACCUCAGGCAAAAUAAUAUAAGUGGUUCUAUUAUUUUUCUCCACACCGUACUAUAAAGUGUUAAAAAAAAUCAGCAAAUGGUACGGAGAUAGUCCCAAUUUUCCUUGCAAGUUGGAUUCAAAUGAAUAGCUUUCUGAAGUAGAUAUUUCUGUGAUUUGUCCUUUAGCAAAUGUAAAGCUUUGAAGGCAACUAUGAGGCACUUUGCAAAGACUUCUGGUGAACAAUGGCUGCAAAAAUUAAAUGAAAAAUUUCACAAAACAAAACCUACAUACAGCAUCACUAAUAAAUCUUUACCCAUCAAUUUUUCCAAAUUCAAUCGCCAACACAGCUUGAGAUAGUCGACUUGCCGCGUGAAGAUGCCGCGAUGAAUUUGGAUAGUUUUGUAGAAGAAACUCCGCUAUAACCUUCCUCAAUUUAGCACGAUGAGGGUAUUUAUGUAGGAGUGUUAGUAAAUAUUUAAGUCCUACAUCUCGGUCAUUCUGUAAGAAAAGAAAUUGUAGGUAUGUAAUUUAAUUAAAAUUACAUAGUCUUUGGAAAAAUAAAUUUGAUUUUAAUGGAAUGAAAACAAACCUUUAAUAGAUAAAAUUGGGAGGAGAGAAAAGCAAUAUGAUGGCAAUUGAUGUCAGUCAUUUCAAUACUUUCAAUGUUAUUGAGCUCCUUCACAACUAACUCAGCCAAUUGACUAUCUUCAUGUAAAAUUCCCAGAGCACACGCACUGUACAACCCUUCCACAGGGCGGUUGGGCAAAUCUAGGCUGUUAACAAAGAAGAAGAAAGAAAGGGAGGAAAACAUGUAAUUUAUCUAAACACUCAAUUUACAUAAAUGCUGUAUCACAAAACAAAACUAUUUAUAUAAAGAAAUUCAAAUUUUGAAAAUAAAAGAAAUUUUCCUUCAGAAAAA